GCGGAGCUUCGGAAAGUGGAAGAAACAAGAAAGAAAAGAAAAGAAAGAAAGCGGAGAAAAAGAUCCAGAAAGUUUUGGGGAGUUUGAUCGUGAUGAUUGCUCCAAAUAUAUGCUUUUUAAUUUAAUUUAAUUUAAUUUUUUUUGUCUCGGUUGUUGGAGGAAAUCUAGGAAACCAGAGGUACCUCGGCUUGAACGUCCGUCUAUGGUUCCUCCCAGGAAGCAGAGAUGUCCCAUGCUACGAAACAGCAGUCCACUGCUCUCUUAAACGCCACUGGCAAGGCGCAGCAAGGAAGUUUCCUGGUUGCUGUGAAGCAGGAGAAGGCGGAGGCAACGCGGUUAAUCGGGGAGAAAAACCACGGCGAAGAGGAGCCGGUGAAGAAAAGGGGCUGGCCAAAAGGGAAAAAAAGGAAGAAGAUUCUCCCCAAUGGACCUAAAGCCCCAGUGACGGGCUACGUCCGCUUUCUCAAUGAACGCCGGGAACAGAUCCGCAUUCAGCACCCAGAUCUGCCGUUUCCGGAGAUCACCAAGAUGCUUGGAGCAGAGUGGAGUAAACUGCAGCCAAAGGAGAAGCAGCGCUAUCUGGAUGAGGCCGAGCGAGAGAAGCAGCAGUAUAUCAAGGAACUGAGAGAAUACCAGCAGUCGGAGGCGUAUAAAUUGUGCGCCGAAAAGAAGAUCAAAAAAGAGGAUGCUGGAGCGGGGCCUGUGAACACUUUGCUGAAUGGCUACAAGCAGGCUGGGGAAGGCGCCAGUGAGGGGUUCUCGACCUUUGAUGUGCCCAUCUUUACGGAGGAAUUCUUGGACCAAAACAAAGCCCGCGAGGCGGAGCUGCGACGCCUACGCAAGCUGAACACCGAAUUUGAGGAGCAAAACAGCAUUUUACAGAAGCACACGGACAGCAUGAGCCGGGCCAAAGAGCGUCUGGAGCAGGAGCUGGCCCUGGAAGAGAGGCAGACGACAGCCCUGCAGCAGCAGCUCCAGACGGUGCGCCAGGCCCUGACGGCCAGCUUCGCCAGCCUCCCCAUUCCAGGCACGGGGGAAACCCCCACUCUAGGGACACUGGAUUUCUACAUGGUCAAGCUGCACAGCGCCAUCGAAAGCAACCCUGUGCAACACGAGAGGCUCGUGGCACGCGUGAAAGAGAUUCUGUCCCACAUUGCCAGUGAGCAUUUAUGAGACGACACCCUGAUGCAACUUGAAUUCGUCUUGACUGCCUCCCACCCUAUCGCCUGGCCCCUCUCCCUGCGACAUGGCUUGCCACGUUUGGAUGUCCUCUGGGUGCAUCUUCUUUCCAAACAGCCUUCUCAUCUUCACGCUAAACACAACCCAUCUUGACAAGUUGGUUGGCCUCUCGAACCUGCUCGAUAUUUUUCUGCCUCUUCGGUCCCUCAGCCCCCUUCCCUCCCUCCCCAAGUUUGGAGAUUAUCCUUGUAAUUCCAUGAAGGAGUGAAAUCCAACAAGUUAAUCCUAGUUAAAUGGAAGGUGGUUUGGUCUGGGACAAGCCCCUAAGAGCCAUUAGGUUGACAAAAGACCUGCUCCAGCUCAAAUCCAAGGAGUCUUGUAAAAAAAAAAAACAGUGGGAUACUGCUUAUUUCCAAGUUCUAGCUUAUUUUUACCCUAAAAUAAUGUAUUUUUAAAAUGCCCUUGGGGGGUGAACCUCUGGUCCAUUUCCUUCAGGAAUAAUAAAUGGAGCAUCCUUAAUACUGCCUAUAAUUCAGAUGGCCCACCGAGUCCAGCUGAGUUAUUUUUAUACCCGGAGAGAUCCAGAAUUCGAACCUGGAGCUUUUUUGUGUGCAAAACCCUUGUUCUACUAGGAAUCUAUAUAGGUUUUCUUCUUUUAUAGAUCAUUGUGCAAUACUGACCUGAUUUUUUUUUCCACCUUCAUCCUCACCCCACUAUUUAAUUGGAGAUGUUAAGGUGGGAUUUUCCUUAAUUAAGUCCUUUAUGCCUAUUCCUUAAUUAUUAUUAUUUAUGGGUUAUUCCUCCAUGUAGGGACAACACAUGCUUCCAUGGUUGCAUGUUUUGUGAUACGCAACCUCGCAGCUGGAACGCGGUGUGCAGCGUCCCGAGAAUCUAGGCUUUGAUGCGUUUUGUCCAAAUGAUGUUUCUAAUCCUCAUUGUUCCAAUGGACCAUGCCAGGGAACAGAAUUUAAUUUUGAAGCUCCCACUCACUUUUCCAAUUG